GCCCCUGCCAAUGACCAGACACAGUGGGCAAGCACCGAUCACGUUCCAGGCACGAUGCCUUAAUCCUUGCGACAGAAGGGAACGAGACUCACUCUGUGUUACGGGUGACCUUGGGGAAACGGAGCGACUUGUGAGGUCACGGAGAGCCGAUGCCACCACCUAGAGGGACUUGCCCCCGGGUCUAUCUGAUUUCAGUCUGUGGCUGUACUGCCAGUCCCCCCACAGCUCAGCCCAUAAGCCUGGGCGCCAGGGAGGGGCUGUCUUCCAGGGAGGCCUCUGCCCUCCGCUGUCCCCUUCAUGGUGGGGGUCCCGGCCCGUGUGGGAUGGAGUGGGGGUCCUGGCUCGGCGAUCUCCCUCAGAGCGUGAUUGAGGUCCGGCUGGAGCCACGGGAGGGCCAGCUGGGGAAGGCAGCCCCAUUUUCAGGUUCAUUACUGGGGGAGGGGCUCUGGGGGGGGGCUUUAAGAAGCGGCCCACUCCCCCUCCCAGCUUCUGAUCCGCCACACCCCGGCCCGGGGUGGGGUGGAAGUUGCUGGAUGCGGGGCGACCUGGCUAAUUGCUGAGCAAGGUAGCAGGGUGUGGCUUGACAUAAUUAUAGCCUGCUCUCUUGCCCCUGGCCCGGCUCACAGCACAGGGUGUGAGAAAGCUUCAAGCAGCAGAAGGCACACAUUAGUACAGCAAAUUGGGCUUGUCUGGCAGCCUCGGGGCCCCAGGGAGGGCCCCGAGCCCCAGCCCUCGCCCGAGCCACCGUCCGCGGCCGGGAUGUCCCGCGUCUCAAGGGAGGGCCCGUUCUCAUCGCCCCGUUCUGCUCCUCGGUAGCCCUUGGGGGGUGAGGCGUAAGUCUUCCAGACACCUUGACCCGGCCCUUCCCUGCUCCAGGCCUCCGUUUCCUGAGCCGUCCGGCGGGAUAAGGGCUGCCUGCCCCUUUGUGAACCGGGGGGCCGGGCCUCUCCUCCCUGCCCUGGCCCCUUUCUAACCUCGGCCCUUCUGGCUGCGGACAGAGGCUGACCACCCACCACACGGCCCCGGGCGAGCUUCCCAGUCUUCCUGGGCUCCCGUACUUUCUGUGGGACGGAGCCCCUCCGGGCUGGAUCUGAAUUCCGGCUCCCCUACCUACCAGGUCUGUGACCUCAGGCCACUUCCUGAGCUCCCCUGAGCCCAGGCUGGGUGGGACGGGCAGGUGUAAAACGUGCCUGCCAAGUCUUUGGCUCAUCCCGUCAAGACGCAGGUCCGUACCGUCUCUCCUUACCGUGCCGGGCAGGCGUUGGUGACUGCUUUGACCGAGGGAGUCGGAUAGAAGUGUCACUAUCUGACUUCUGAGCGUAGACCUCAAGAAGCGACAGGCUUCCACCUUAAUUGCUGGGGCGUCUGUGUGGCGUCCUGGCCACCCCGUAGAAGUCGGACGGCCAUGACUUUGGGUCUUCUCAGCCCCGACACCAGACACGCGAGUGGUCCAGCCUUGGAUGAUUCCAGCACUAGCUGUCCAGCCACUCGCAGCCUCGGAGUCUUGCCAGCUGAGGUCCCAGGUGCCAUGGGACAGAGGUUGCUGCUGUGCUGUCGAGUCCCCGCAACAACUCAGCACAAGCUGGUGCUCGGUCCAACCCGCCUUGCGGCUACCGUGGCUGGGGAGAUGCAUCGCCAUCGUUCUCUGGGCAGGCCCGCCCCUGUCUGGAGCCUUCCUCUAAUUUGGAGCCACUUAGAGAAGACAAGGAAACCUUUAAAGCUAAGAAGAAUGUCUCCCGGAAUGCCUCCUGCCUGUUUUAUAGCUGUGGUGGAACAGCCGGCAGACGCACUCACUCUGCAGAAGCACGAACGAUGCAUCCUGUUCAAGGGGCCUGUGGCUACGGCAUCCUGCUGUAAAAAUAGCUGCGGGUUUGAUGGGCGAAGAGGGGAGAACGGGGCGGGAUUCUCUGCCCAGCAGGCCAGGAGUCACCCUAAACCAGAAGAGGGAGCCUCCAAGCCAGGUCUGGGAACUCUCUGCCCGGUCCCGUUUGGGUCACCUCUGGACGGUUCGGCCACCACCUCUGAGCAGCCCUGGCCCCCCUCUGCUCCCCUCCCCUGCCUGACCCUGGCCCCUCACAUUAUACGCCUUCAUAUCUGGCCACCCCUGUGGGUGCCCUGGAAUGUUCUACACAUCCACCUGCUCUUCUCGCAGAGCGAUGAGAACGCCCAUUGUGUCCUCAUCCUUCAAGGCCCAGUGUUGAUGGACCCCAGCCCACGGUGCCUCCUCUGAAUGGGGAAAGGCACUCUGUCUGGGCCCCUUCACUCCUGGAGCCACACUAGUUUUGUUUUAUUUUAUUUUAUUUUAUUUUUUCACCUCCGUGUCUGCCAUGCUCAGCAUUCAAUAAGUACUCCAUAAAUAUUUGAUGAGUGAAUGAAUACACUUGGCACACAUCGUCUGACACUUGCUAAAAUAAUUCAGACCCAGGGAUUGCAAAGGAUGCGUUUUUAGCCCCCGCAGAACACCAGUGUAGGGCCACGGUCGCUCGUCAGUGAGUGUUUGCCAAUUUGAGUUGCCUUUGCUUGGGGAAGCGGUGAGUUCCCCAUGACAGAUGGUGUGCAAGCAAGGGCCACUUGAGUCUGUAAGGGACACUCGGCAUCGAGCAGGGCUCGAUGGGCUCGACUGAGAGGGCCAGUGACGCCCCACAUGGAAGAUUAUGCAUGAACAACCCCUGGGAGCGUGUUUCUGAGCCCCCACUGUGCUCUUAGGGGCCAGGUGGCCGGAGGCCAAGGAGCAAUGAUGGCAAGGCCCCAACGUCAAGGGAAAGGUGGGUAGUCGCUGAUCUGAAGAGUGGAGGGCAGAGAGAAGCAGUGAUUCUAGUGGGAGAGGGAGGGAAACCCGGGAAGUCUUCUGGGAGGAGGUGAGAGGUGAUGGAAAGUGGGGGGAUGGAGGUGCGGCUGGGGAGGGAACAUGUUCCACGGUCAAAGGCAGGGAGGAAGGAGACUUUGCAAAGUGGUGAAGGCCAGGUGGCGGCGGGCAGGGAUGGGGGCCUGGGAGGCCGAGGACAGCCGGCUAGCCAUGAAAUGUUAGAGGGCAGAGUUAGGGGUGAGAAGUGACAAGGCGAGGUCACCUGGCCCACUUUGCGGCAUGAGUGACAGCUGUCACCCUGCAGGGGGAAGGCCAAGUCCAAAGGCGGCUGGUGCCUUUCAAGCUCCCUUUCAGGUUUGGUGGCUCCCGGGACCGUGAGUUGCGCUCUGGAAAGCGGGGUGCUCUUCGCAGGGGGCUAAGUACUCCUCUGACUUCCCCGGGCCGACCCGGGAUUCCAGUUCUGUGGCUGCUCACUCCCAGGAGGCCCCUGGCUGGCAGCACAGACCCCUCAGCGGUCUCUCCGACCCCCCCAGAACUGGCCAUCAUCCCAGGGUCAGCUGGGCCAAACAGUGUGACCCAGCAACGACAACAGACGCGCCCCAGCCUCACCUGGCUGACGAGGCCGUGAGUUUUGUCAGCGCGGGGGAUCUGCCUUCCAAACCCCGCCCUUGAUUCCAGAGGCCACCUCCUUUUCAUGGCACCCGGCGGCCCAGUGGCAGCUUCUAGGGGGCCAGACCGCUGGCACCACCUCUCCCCAGGGGAAACUGAGAGUCUAGGUGUUGCUGAGGGGAUCGCCCAAAGACAGGGUGGAGCUCACAGCACCCCCUGCUCAGGGCACACUGCGUGCCCGCCCCCUCACCACUCCCCUGCUCGCCCCAGGGACAAACCCUCCCCAACCACCUCUCCCGCGAGUUUUCAGUCUCCACCGGAUUUCUGAUCAGCUCUCCCUGCUUUCGUAACAUGGAGAAGGAGGCCAGGGAAGGAAAACAUCAGAACUAGUUUGCUAAGCACUUGUAGCCUCUGUUGUGGCUUAUCCACAUCUCACUGCGAUUCCGUCUCGCACUGCCUUCCUCCCGGCAGGCUGGGUGGGUGGCUCUCCGCUCACUCAGGACCGUCCUGAGCCCUCCGGAACCCCUCUGCGGUCCUGGGUGGUGAUCCCCAGAGGCAGGAGCUUAGGGGCGUCGAGCCCUUGCAUGAGGAGGCCUCCAGCCAGCAGGAAGCAGGUGGUAAAAAGCCCCACAUGGCAAGUAUCUUCCUGCUCAGCAAGCCCAGGGCCAGGAAGCCCCAGGGCCAGGCUCGUGGACCCGGCAAGGAAAGGGGGCUCCCUUGUAGUAGGUGCAGACGGUGGCCACCAGCCCCUCCACGUGGACCCAGAAAGGGGCAGGCCCCUCGCCACACUUACCCAGCCCAUCUCCCGCAGCAGUCUCGGCAGGACGGGGACCUGAACCCCAGGGUUCUUCACCCCAGCCUGCUGAACACCUGCGGGGCGUGUGGUUGGUCCCUGCCAGGGGACAGCAUGGCAGUCCUGGCCCCAGAUCAGGGUGGAGGAUUUCGUCAGAGGUCUCAGGGAGGUCAGGGAGGUGAGCACUGGGAUGGGCAGAACCUUCCAGAAGCACCCUUCUGGAACGACUAGAGAGACUCAUCCUGGCACCACCACUUAUCGGCCUUGGAUGAGUGACUUUACCCCGUGUGAGCCUCAGUUUCCUCACCUGGAAAGUGGGGCAAGGAUUCACUGGGAGGACACGUUUUAGAACAUGGCCUGCCCUUCUGUGUUUUAUAAAUGUUAGCUACUCAUCACAUCCCCUCCCCCAAGGCAGGGAUCAGCCGUACUGGGGCCCGGAGGCCUGGAGACCAGCUCCGGGGACAGUUAAGCUGUGCAGUGCCUGGAGACGGGUGGGCUCACUGCCUGAGCCCAGCAAUGCCGGCCCUGGCAGCCGAUCAGACGUGGUGGGUCCCACAUGGGAGCCAACUUGGCCGGGCAGACGGGGGCUGCCGGGCUGCCCUGGACACAUGGGGGCCUGCCAGGGGCAGGUGCGGACUCGGCUUGGCCCAUCUCCUGGAGAAUCCUUGGGCGGGGUCGGGCCUGGUGGAGAUGGGCCACAUCCGGGGGUAUGUCUGGCCAGACAGGAAUGGAGAUCUGAUUUUCCAGUUCUCCCCCCAUCGGGGUCACCUCCACUUUUCUUUUGUCCGUCUCUUUGCGUUUUCAGCUCCCUGGACAUUGUCGACAGACGGAGGGCUGGAGCGGGUAAUGGUAGCACUGAUGACCACGAGGCAGUAGUCGUCUUGGUGGAGGGGCCUUGUGGGUCAGGCUGAGGCAGAAACCCUCUCCCCAGGCUGACGGGGGUGACACGUGCUUGCCUGCCACUUUUCGCCGGGGGUUGGUGACCCACUGAGAGGCACAGAGCUCAAGGGGCUGGGCCAUGUUGCAGCCCUGAGUUUCCCCAGCUGGUGCGGGGUGGCCCUGCCUUGGAAGUUCUCCUGACCUCAAAUGGCCCGAGGCCAAGUCCUCCCAGCUAGUUCCAGGCCUCAACAUGCUGUGUGUCCUCGGCCGAGUGCCCCUUCCUGGGCCUUUGUCCCUCGGGUGCAGAGAUCCGGUUGGCCCAGUAUAGGCGGAGAUCCUGUGGUUUGGCCCACCCACUCCGAGUGGCCCCAGACAGGUGCCUGGCAGGGAGGCCUUCAUCCUGUCCUUUGUCACCUUCCAGACUGUUGUCCGGAUCUGGAGCACUAUUUAAAGAGCCUUCCCUGAGAACCCCCAGUGCUGCUGCGUCGAGAGAGAGCACUCCAGACCAUGGCCUUCACCAUCAUGGACCAGAACCGGGAUGGCUUCAUCGACAAGGAGGACCUGAGAGACACCUUUGCUGCCUUGGGCCGCAUCAACGUGAAGAACGAGGAGCUGGAGGCCAUGGUGAAGGAGGCCCCUGGGCCCAUCAACUUCACCGUCUUCCUGACCAUGUUCGGGGAGAAGCUGAAGGGUACGGACCCAGAGGAGACCAUUCUCCACGCCUUCAAGGUGUUUGACACCGAAGGGAAAGGUUUCGUCAAGGCUGAUUUCAUCAAAGAGAAACUCAUGACCCAGGCGGACCGGUUCAGUGAGGAGGAGGUCAAGCAGAUGUUCGCGGCUUUCCCUCCAGACGUGUGUGGCAACCUGGACUACAGGAGCCUGUGCUACAUCAUCACCCACGGCGAAGAGAAGGACUAGGGGUCCAAGGGCCCCCCCCCACCUUCGGAGGCGGCAAACACCUGCGGUGUUUCGGGGGUGGCCACUGGGGAGGCCCCGCAGCCAAUGUGUGUAAAGAAAAGGCUCCCCUCGCCCCGUGGGCUGGGGGCAAAGCAAGAAUAAAUCGUGCAA